AGAAAAGAGGUAAAAAGUAUGAUAGCCUUUCUGAUCACUUGAUUUCUUCACUUCCAUUUGAGGAAUGAAAGUUUCUGAUUUAAAAGAUGGCUCUUCAGUCUAUGCACAAGAUUGCUUCUAUGCAGAACUAAUUACUUUAUAAAUAUAUAAUACUAUAUAUCUUCUCUCUCUAACUCUCUCUCUCUCUCUCUAUCUCUCAAGUGAGUUGUCAAAAGAUUGAAUUGUUAGUAGAAUCACUUGUCUGCGAAGCAACAUACUGUGUGAUAAUCCCAAGAAAAUAUUUGGAUUUUUCUUGCUUGUGUUGUUUUGUUUUGAGGCUAGUACUGCAAGUUCUUUACACCAGCAUCCCACCUCACCUCACAUCCACUCUCUUUCUUUAUAUAUACAAUAUAUAUAUGUAUGUAAUCAUGUUGAUCAAUGUUUUGAAACUGUAACUAAACCCUCUUUGUUUGUGUCACUCAAGAACAAACCAUCACCAUCACCAUCAUCAUCAUUAUAACUUUCGGAAGAAAUGAAGGGGAGAUUUUGUAGGUUUGUGAUGAUAAUGCUGUAUAUAAUGAGAGCAAUUAGCAGGCCUUUGGAACCAAAUCAUGUCUCUCCUCCUCCCACUCUUCUCCCUUCACAACAAGUAUCCUUAUCAGCGAGCACAGCAACACAGACUAUGUCUUUUCAAUUCAACAAGGGGUCUAAAACGACGGCGGAUCAAGGGUCCUUGAGCAAGAAUGAAGAUACGAUGAAGAAUGAAGAAGAUGAUAGAUAUGGUGGAAGAGGGAUAGAGAACAGGAUAGGCUCGAGACCACCAAGCUGUGAGCACAAGUGCUAUGGGUGUAGCCCAUGUGAAGCCACCCAAGUACCCACAACGAGCCAUGUGGGAAUCCAGUAUACAAACUAUGAGCCAGAGGGUUGGAAAUGCAAGUGUGGGCCCACUUUCUAUAGCCCAUGAUUACAUGCUCUUGGACCACGUACAGGGGCUUAAUUAGGAUUCCUAAUUGUUUAUUAAACACGAGUAGUAGAUGUGUGAUUUUGUAAUGGAAAUAGGUAUAUUUAUGUGGAUCAUUAUUUGUAAUGCUUGUGUAACACAGAUUUUGUGUCGAGAGUAGAGAUGUUCAUCCGUUUGAUCGAA